AUGGCGGACGCCGACGCGCCGCUGGCGAAGCUCGCGUCGUUCGCGCAGGGGGCGGCGAUCGGACUCGCGCUGCGGCGCGCCGCGCGCGCGCUGCUCGACGCGCGCGACGACGACGACGACGACGACGCGGGGAAGAAGCCCCUGAUGGACGAUCUCGAGUUCGCGCGCGCGCUGACGCGCGUCGGCGGGGACCUGCGGCAUCACGUCGCGCGCGGCCGCGACGACGACGACGACGCGCGACCGGACGUCCUCGACGUGAACACGCCAGAUUUCUGGAUCUCGAAUCGGUCUCGAGACAUGACGCGCGUGCGCGGGAAGCACCCGAUGAAAGCGGAACCCGCGCUCGGCGAUCUCAUCGCCCGCGGCGCGAUCACGCCGACGAGGACGCACUACGUCGAGAACGUCUCGUCCGUCCCGCGCGCGGACGCGAAGACGCAUCGCGUCCGCGUGUGCGGCGACGUCCGCCGCGCGCUGUCGCUGAGCGUCGCGAACCUCAAAAAGAUGCGCGCGGCGACCCUCCCUGUGCUUCUCGCGUCGGCGGGGAACCGAAGAAAAGAGCUGCGCGCGAUGACGCCGCCCGACGGCGGCGACGGCGUCGUCGGCGACGGCGGCGAUUGGGGCGCCGGCGCGGUCGGAAACAGCCUCUGGACGGGCGUUCCGUUGCGCGACGUGCUGAAGCGCGCCGGCGUGACGCGCGAGACGCCGACGCGGCGACACGUGCACCUGUACGGCCUCGAGAGCGUCGACGACGACGGCGCGGGGCGCGAAUACGGCGUGAGCAUCCCGCUCCGCAAAGCGCUGGAUCCCGCGCAGGACGUCCUCGUCGCGUACGCGCAGAACGGCGAGACGCUCACGCCGGACCACGGAUACCCGGUGCGCGCCAUCGUCCCCGGCGACGUCGGCGGAAACUCAAUCAAGUGGCUCUCUCGCGUCGAGGUGCGCGAGACGCCGCUUCUCAUCGAGAGCGCGCACGCGCGGACGCGAGACAACGUGUUCCCGCCGCACGUCACGACCGAGAAGAUCGCGGAAAAAGAACGGUGGUGGACGAACCCGGACAUCGCGAUGCGCGAGCUGUGCGUGAACGCCGUCGUGUGCGCGCCCGCGCACGGAGACUGCGUCAAAAUUACGCCGCGCGAGGCGAACGCGCCGUUCGCGAUCAGAGGGUACGCGCACAGCGGCGGCGGGCGAGCGGUGACGCGCGUGGAGGUGAGCCUCGACGGCGGCGUCACAUGGCGAUGCGCGCGCGUGACGUGCCCGUGCCCGAGGACGGCGCACGGAAAACAGUGGUGCUGGGCGAUGUGGUCGAUCGACGUCGCGCGAGGGGCGCUCGCGAGAUGCCGCGAAAUCACCGCGCGAGCGUGGGACGAAGCACACAACACGCAGCCGCGCGAUGUAACCUGGAACCUCCUCGGGUGCGGGAACAACGCGCACUUCCGCGUGAAGACGGAGGUCGUGGAGAUUGAGGGGUGCCAGUGGGUGACGUUCGAGCACCCGACCGAGCCGGGCGACGGCGCCGGAGGGUGGAUGGGAGGCGCGAGGAACGGGUGGUCUCAAAGAGUAGACGCGCUGUACGCGCCCAGAGCGGGGGAGACGCCGUCGGGCGAAAACGGUGUAGGCGACGUGAAUCGUCGCGAGGUUCGGAAGAUCGUCGCCCCGCCUGUGCGUGUCGCGGCGAAGACGGCGAGCGUCGCGAAAACGGCCGUUGAAGACGAACCGCCAAAGGAGACCGGGUACCGCCCGCCGCCCGCGGGGGCGAAAAUCUUCUCGCUCGCGGAGAUCGAGAAACACGACUCGGAGGACGACGCGUGGAUUCUCGUGAAGGAUAAGGUGUACGACUGCACGGCGUACAUCGCGAGCGGCGCGCACCCCGGCGGGAACGCGAGCAUCGUCAUGAACGCGGGCACGGACAGCACGGAAGACUUCGAGGCGGUGCACAGCGCGAAAGCGUGGAAACAGCUCGACCCGUUUUUGAUCGGGUACCUGGACCCCGCGGACAACCCCGACGCCACGAUCGCGGACGUCACGAUCGCUCCGGCGUCGGAUCCCGCCGUCGUCGCGAAGCCGCCGCCGCCUUCUACGCCGCCGCCGGUCGCAGGACCGGUGAACCUUCUCCAGUUCGCGCUCGCGAACCCGGAGAUGUACGGCGAGGGGACGCUGGUCGGCGAGGCCGCGGAGGCGGCGGCCUUCGACCGCAUGUGGGCGGGCGCGCGGAACGACGCGGGCGACGCCCCGCGCGCGCUCGAUCCGAAAAAGUGGCUUCAGCUCCGCUGCGACGCGAAGGUGCCGCUGUCGCACGAUACGAUCUUACUGCGCCUCGCGCUCGAGACGCCGAUGCACCAGUGCGGUCUCCCCGUGGGGUAUCAUCUGUACUUGCGAGGCGUCUCGCCCGCCACCGGGAAAAAAGUCAUGCGCGCGUACACGCCGAGUUCGCUCAACGGCACGCUCGGCGCCGUGGAGUUCGUGAUCAAGAUUUACUUCCCGGCGGCGGCCUUCGACCGCAUGUGGGCGGGCGCGCGGAACGACGCGGGCGACGCCCCGCGCGCGCUCGAUCCGAAAAAGUGGCUUCAGCUCCGCUGCGACGCGAAGGUGCCGCUGUCGCACGAUACGAUCUUACUGCGCCUCGCGCUCGAGACGCCGAUGCACCAGUGCGGUCUCCCCGUGGGGUAUCAUCUGUACUUGCGAGGCGUCUCGCCCGCCACCGGGAAAAAAGUCAUGCGCGCGUACACGCCGAGUUCGCUCAACGGCACGCUCGGCGCCGUGGAGUUCGUGAUCAAGAUUUACUUCCCGAACGACAACCCGAUGUUCCCAGAGGGCGGGCAGUUGACGCGGUACCUGAACAGCGUCAACGUGGGGGACUUCGUGGAGGUGAAAGGGCCGAUGGGGCACAUUCAGUACCACGGGCGCGGGAUGCUCACGGUGGACAAGACGACGAUCAAAGUGGACCGAAUGACGAUGAUCGGCGGCGGCACCGGCGUCGCGCCGAUGCUCCAGAUGAUCAUCGCGGUGCUCUCGAACCCAGACGACGAGACGAAGAUUAAGUUUUUAUUCGGGAACAAGUCCGAGAAGGACAUUCUCCUGCGGUACACGCUCGACCGGCUGCGCCGCGAGCACCCCGAUCGUUUCGAAAUCGCGUACACGAUUUCAAAGGCGGAGACGACGGCGUGGACGGGGUUGACGGGGCGCGUAAACAAAGCCAUGAUCAAGGAGCACUGCUUCGCCGCGGACGAGAGUGGGGCGCUGAGGACGGUGGCGCUUCUGUGCGGGCCGCCGUCGAUGGAGGAGGACACGGCGAUUCCCGCUCUGAAGGAGCUCGGAUACGCGGCGGAGGACAUCGUUCGGUACUAGUAGCUACGAAGGCCCAGAGAGGAACAAAAGUGCACUAUUCUUAUACAAAGUACCUGACGGAAA